UUCAGAUUCAAUCCUAGCUCUCACUGGCUCAAAGGAUGGCUCUGUUCACAUUCAUUACAUUACUUAUGUUUCUAUUUCAUCCCAGCAGAUACUCAUCUUAAACAAACUUCUUUGAGGUUUUAUCUCCUCUCCCUCGGUUUACUUAUUCAUUAUAACUAUAUGUGUAUGUGUGCUUGAAUGGAUUUUGGAAAAUGUAAUUCGUUUUUUAAUGGAAGCUUUAUUCAUACAUGUCUGGACUCUGGACUCUGGACUCUGGAGUAGGGUUUGCCUUCAAAGUAUAAGGCCAGUGCACCAUUUACAAUAUUAAGAAGAUUUUAGAAUUUACAGAAAACGGCUAAAAACUGAAGAAAUCUCCAUUUUUGCCGGUAGAUGGGAAACACACAGACUACAUACAUAUUUAAGCCAUAAAGGGCUAGAAGGCUUUAAGAUGGACGAUAAAAACAGCACUGAAAUCUAGAAACAUCAAUUGGGGUCCAUUAACUCUUUGCAGAUCAAGCAGAUAAUUCUCGUCCUGGGUUUUGUACAGCUGCAUUUCAAACUUGACCACACUUUGAGGAGUUGAGGCAAUGGACUGUUAUUUGCAUUUACAACACUUUGACUAACAACAAUAUUGUCAUCACUCAUGCAAUUGUUGCUUGUCUUGCGAAUUGGAUAAUGAGGAUAACAUAUCAUGAACUUCAUAUUAUAGUGCUCAAUUUUUUUCCCACCGGACAUUUAAUUCUUGCAACGCUCCAAGAACUUGAGUCAUUAUCUCUUGUGGACUUGCAGGGGACCGGAGUCCAACAAGCCACUUUUCCUCUCUUGACAAUAACGGCUUCAAACAUGCCCCGACCGACACCUCAAAAUCAACAUAUGGAAACAAUCCCGAGGAAAAUACCUCCCUUGAUUCCUCAAACUCAGCUCCGAGAUAUCCACCAGAAACAAUGGAUCAGCUCAGAAAUGUUUUAUGCUUGGAGGAGGCUGUGUUUCAAUGUCAUAUCCAAGAUGUGUGGAACGGAAAAGGCAUUGUGCAACAUUGGAGUCGUUGUUAUGGUCCAAGCUUCUGUCGAAUAAGCACACUUUCUCUGAAUUUUUCCGAGACAAUUAAAAUAGUUUCAUGCUCCAGAUGUGUGGCAGAGGGAUUAAUGUUGUUAAUAUAAUUUAUGUUGUUUGCCAUUGGUGGCUUGAGUCUCUGCUAUUGACAUUCCCUUAUGUGUAUUUAUGAUUAAUUGAUUGUCUAUGAAGAAAAUCAAACAAGCUAUGCAAGGAAUAAAGUGAAAGUCAUAUGUUUAUUACCCUCAUGGUCUUCAAUCCCAGUAGCUACAAACAACCCCAAAAGAUUUUGUCUUUAGAAUUAAUGGAUAUUGG